GGAGCCGAUUACUUCUCGCCAGAGGAUUCAGGAAUCCACACUCUCCCUGUUACCCUGGAACACAGCUGCAGCAGAGGAAUUAACUGCAAGCCUGCACAAUUUUAAGAAGAAAGCCUUUAAGAAAUCCAAAGUCUGUGGAGUUUGCAAACAAGUUAUUGACGAUCAAGGUAUUUCAUGCCGAGCCUGCAAGUAUUCCUGCCACAAGAAAUGUGAAGCCAAGGUGGUGAUUCCCUGCUGUGUGCAAGUCCAGCUGGAACAGGCUCCGAGAAGCCCCAAGCCGUCCAGGUCUCUCUGCUGUGACAACCCGUUGAGGCCCGCAGUCUUGAGCCCGGCCGGCCUGAGCCCCACCAUGGAGGAGGGCCACGAGCUGGACCUCACCUACAUUACGGAGCGCAUCAUCGCCGUGUCCUUCCCUGCCGGCUGCUCCGAGGAGUCCUAUCUGCGCGACCUGCAGGAGGUCACGCGCAUGCUCAGGUCCAAGCACGGGGACAACUACCUGGUGUUAAACCUUUCAGAGAAGAGAUAUGACCUUGCAAAGCUUAACCCAAAGAUCAUGGACGUGGGCUGGCCGGAGCUGCACGCGCCGCCCCUGGAUAAGAUGUGCACCAUCUGCAAGGCACAGGAGUCCUGGCUGAACAGCGACCCCCAGCACGUGGUGGUCAUCCACUGCAGGGGUGGGACAGGACGCAUCGGAGUGGUCAUAUCGUCCUAUAUGCACUUCACCAAUGUCUCGGCCAGUGCUGACCAGGCCCUUGACAGAUUUGCAAUGAAGAAGUUUUACGAUGACAAAGUUUCAGCUUUAAUGCAGCCAUCUCAGAAACGGUAUGUUCAGUUCCUCAGCGGGCUCCUGUCUGGAUCGGUGAAGAUGAAUGCCUCGCCCCUGUUCCUGCAUUUUGUCAUCCUCCAUGGCACCCCAAACUUUGACACCGGUGGAGACGAUUGUGCGUCUCUUUCAGUGUGCCGGCCCUUUCUGAAGCUCUACCAAGCUAUGCAGCCUGUGUACACGUCGGGGAUCUACAAUGUUGGUCCCGAGAACCCCAGCAGGAUCUGCAUUGCCAUAGAGCCGGCCCAGCUGCUGAAGGGGGACGUCAUGGUAAAAUGCUACCACAAAAAAUACCGCUCGGCCACCCGUGACGUCAUUUUUCGCCUGCAGUUUCACACCGGGGCUGUGCAGGGCUACGGGCUGGUGUUUGGAAAGGAGGAGCUGGACAGCGCCAGCAGAGAUGACCGUUUCCCUGACUACGGGAAGGUUGAGUUAGUCUUCUCUUCCACGCCUGAGAAGGUUCAAGGGUCUGAACAUUUGCAUGGCAACCACGGAGUGAUUGUGGACUAUAACACGGCUGACCCGUUGAUCCGCUGGGACUCGUAUGAGAACCUCAGUGCAGAUGGAGAAGUGCUGCACACACAGGGCCCUGUCGACGGCAGCCUCUACGCUAAGGUGAGGAAGAAAAGCUGCUCGGACCCUGGCAUCCCAGGUGGCCCCCAGGCUGUCCCGGCCACCAGCAGCCCAGACCACAGUGACCACACCCUGUCCGUCAGCAGCGACUCUGGCCACUCGACUGCCUCCGUCAGGACUGACAAGACGGAGGAGCGGCUGGCUCCAGGAGCCAAGCGGGGCCUGAGCGCCCAGGAGAAGGCUGAGCUAGACCAGCUGCUCAGCGGCUUUGGCCUGGAAGACUCCGGGACUGCUCUCAAGGACAUGACUGAUGCUCGCACCAAGUAUAGCGGGACACGCCACGUAGUGCCAGCCCAGGUCCAUGUGAACGGAGAUGCCGUCCUGAAGGACCGGGAGACGGAUAUUCUAGACGAUGAGAUGCCCCAUCACGACCUGCACAGUGUGGACAGCCUCGGGACUCUGUCCUCCUCAGACGGGCCGCAGUCAGGCCCCCUGGGCCCCUUCACCUGCCACAAGAGCAGCCAGAACUCCCUCCUGUCUGACGGUUUUGGCAGCACUGUUGGUGAGGACCAGCAGGGUGCUCUUGCUGCAGAUCUGGGCCUUGGCAUGGAUCCCCUCUAUGAGCGGGAGCGGGCUUUCGGGACCCGAGAGCCCAAGCAGCCCCAGCCCCUGCUGAGGAAGCCAUCAGUGUCUGCCCAAACGCAGGCCUACGGGCCAAACAGCUAUUCCACGCAGACCUGGGUGCGCCAGCAGCAGAUGGUUGUGGCCCAUCAGUACAGCUUCACCCCUGACGGGGAGGCCAGGCUCAUUAGCCGCGGCCCAGGGGACAAUUCAGGGCUUGUCCAAGCCCAGCCCAGGGUCCCAGUCACCCCCACCAGGGGAGCCAGCAGCAGAGUGGCCGUCCAGAGAGGUGUAGGCAGUGGACCACAUCCCCCAGACACUCCGCAGGCCUCUCCUGGCAAAGCCUUCAAACCCAGGUUUCCAGACGAGCAAGUCAUGAAUGGAACCGGCCUAGAGCUGAGCACAGGCCCCUCCCCGGGCUCACCCACCCUGGACAUCGACCAGUCCAUUGAGCAGCUCAACAGGCUGAUCCUGGAGCUGGACCCCACCUUUGAGCCUGUCCCCACCCACAUCAGCACCCUGGGUAGCCAGGCCAAUGGCUCUGCAUCUCCGGACAGCAUAGGAGGUGGGCUGCGGGUGAGCAGCCGGCUUCCCAACACAGGAGAGGCCCCUGGCAGGGCCCCUGGGCGGCAAGGCUCCUUAGCUAAUGAGCAACUGGGUGGAAGACUCAGGAAGCUGAGCCUUGGGCAGUAUGACAAUGAUGCUGGCAGGCAGAUGUCCUUCCCCAAAUGUGGAUGGGGAAAGGCCAGUGUGGACCAAGCCCCGGCGCCUUUCUCCUCUCCAGCUGAUGUCAAAGAGACAAUGACGGCUGCGUAUCCCCCAGACCUCGAUGUGGUCGAUGGCAGGAUUUUAAAUAGCAAGGAGGCCAUGUGUUCCACGCCCGCCUUUCCUGUGUCUCCAGAAACGCCGUAUGUGAAAACGCCCCCGCGUUAUCCUGCAUUCAGCCCACCCGAACCCCAAGUGAGCAGCCCAGCCAGUCUGCACAAGGGAGGCCUUGAAGCACGUGGCUGCCCUGAGACUCUCAGCCACGCAGUGGGGAUGUCAGACAGCCCUGUUGGACCCAAGUCCGCCAUGCUCCGGGCCGAUGUGCCCACGACGUCCUCCUUUCAGCAAGCAUUCGCAUCCUCCUGCACAAUUUCAAGCAAUGGUCCUGGCCAGAGGAGAGAGAGCCCAUCGUCAGCAGAUCGCCAGUGGGUGGAGAGCAGCCCCAAACCCACCGUUUCCCUGCUGGCGAGUAGCCGGACCCCAGGAGGUCACCUCAGUGCUGAGUUCUCUGGCCCUGGCAAGGACUCCCCAGUGCUGUCCUGCUUCCCGCCUUCGGAGCUCCAGGCCUCUUUCCACAGCCAUGAUCUGUCCCUGACGGAGCCACCGGACACUCUGGCUCCCCCAGUCAGCCAGGCCUUCCUGGGCUUCAGCACCGCCCCUGUGGGAAGUGGCCUUCCUCCCGAAGAGGACCUCGGAGGCUUGCUGACCAAUUCCCAUGGCACAUCAUCAGCCCCUGGUGUCCCACUGACAGCAGCAGGGACUGCUGACAAUGGCUUCCUGUCCCACAACUUUCUCACGGUGGUGCCUGGACAGGGCAGCCACCACAGUCCAGGCCUGCAGGGUCAGGGGGUAACCCUGCCUGGGCAGCCACCCCUCCCUGAGAAGAAGCGGGCCUCGGAAGGGGACCGCUCUCUGGGCUCCGUCUCCCCCUCCUCCAGCGGCUUCUCCAGCCCCCACAGCGGGAGCACCAUCAGCAUCCCCUUCCCAAACGUGCUGCCGGAGUUCUGCAGGACCUCAGAAGCAGCCUCCUCGCCUUCGCCAGAUAGCCCCAGUGAUAAACUUGUGAUGGUGAAAUUUGUUCAAGACACUUCCAAAUUCUGGUACAAGGCGGAUAUUUCAAGAGAACAAGCCAUUGCCAUGUUAAAGGACAAGGAGCCUGGAUCGUUCAUCGUUCGCGACAGUCACUCCUUCCGAGGGGCCUAUGGCCUGGCCAUGAAGGUGGCCACUCCGCCCCCUUCUGUCUUGCAGAUGAACAAGAAAGCUGGAGAUUUGGCCAAUGAACUCGUUCGGCACUUUCUGAUCGAGUGUACCCCGAAGGGAGUGAGGUUGAAAGGGUGCUCGAAUGAACCCUAUUUCGGGAGCCUAACGGCUUUAGUGUGUCAACAUUCCAUCACGCCCUUGGCCUUGCCCUGCAAACUGCUCAUUCCGGAGAGAGAUCCGAUGGAGGAAAUAGCAGAAAAUUCUCCCCAAACAGCAGCCAAUUCUGCAGCUGAGCUUUUGAAGCAGGGGGCAGCCUGCAACGUGUGGUACCUGAAUUCUGUGGAGAUGGAGUCCCUCACUGGCCACCAGGCGGUCCAGAAGGCCCUGAGCAUCACCCUCGUCCAGCAGCCGCCCCCUGUGUCCACUGUCGUGCACUUCAAGGUGUCAGCCCAGGGCAUCACCCUGACGGACAAUCAGAGGAAGCUGUUCUUCCGGAGGCAUUACCCCGUGAGCAGUGUGAUUUUCUGUGCCUUGGAUCCACAAGACAGGAAGUGGAUCAAAGAUGGGCCUCCCUCAAAAGUCUUUGGAUUCGUGGCCCGGAAGCAGGGCAGCACCACAGACAAUGUGUGCCACCUGUUUGCUGAGCAUGAUCCCGAGCAGCCUGCCAGUGCCAUCGUCAACUUUGUGUCAAAGGUCAUGAUCGGCUCCCCAAAGAAGAUUUGAAAACCCCGCUCACAGCCAGGACCUGCCGAUGCCUCUGAGGCCCUGGAGACAGCAGUCGGGGGAGAGCAGACCCCUACUUUGUUCCAAACUGAUAAUCCUGACAUUCCAGGCCUGGGAGGGGAAUGAGGACCUUCCAGCUCUGCAGAAAUAAGAUCAAACACCCUCACCGUGGAGUUGCCUUUCCUGAAAGUGACUUCUGCUCCAGCAAACCUCUGCAGACAAAUGCUUUUUGAGAAGAAGCUGAGCAUGGCUGUGCCUGUCCAGGGUCCACGUGGGAACGGGGCAGGCAAGGGAACGGCACAUGGCAGUCCCCAUAUUCCUGGCACACCAGCAUUUUGGGCAAUGAAGAGUGCCUAGACCUCAAAGCAAAGUGCCAAGUGACCACUGAAACUUCCCCCUUCUGCCCGCGCACUCCUGUCCAGCAGGUGCCCAAAGCCAGUGGCCUCUCUCACCUUGGUCUUCCUGAGAGAGAGAUGCCAAUGAAGCUGAGAAGAGGGUACACGGCUGACAAGGUUUGUGCAGGUCCAGCCCUUCUGGAACAAAGCAGGUCUCAAAGGAAGAGCCGUGGGGAUGAGGGCAGUGGAAGCCUUCUGGUAUCAGGGGAGGAGCAUCCCAUUUCAGAGACCCCACCCUGCAUGCCAUGACCACCCCACUCCUACCAAUCAUGGGUGCCCACCUGGGCCAGGGAGAGCUCAUGAGGACUUCAAGAGGAAAAUGAGAAGGAAUCAAAGACAUCAUCUCUAGAUAAUUUAUAUUUUACUUAUGCCGAAUUAUUUAUGGUAACAGUUUGCCUUUGCUAUACUGUACCAGUGUCAGAUGCUGCAGCCUGCCACGCUGAGAUCUUAGGAGGCUCAUCCACGUGUGGGACACACCGCCGGCAUGUGGCUGCAGAAGGCAUCCUGGCUGUGGGGGCGAUGGUGUUAAGUCCCCUGCUGCAGAGCCACCCACAUGGGCUGUGCCUCAAGCAGCUGGCCCCUAUGCUGCGACACCAUGUGCUGUUCAUUCCCUGGUUGUCGAUGGCUUCCCUGACCAUGGGGAAAGUCCAGGAGGGAUGGGAAGUGCCUGGGUUCACACCCACAGCCCCUGCCUCGGCUUGUUCCAGGCCAUCUGCAGGCCCCACAGAGCACACGCUGAAGCACUGCCGGUCUGUGCCCGCUCUCAGCACGCUGCUCCUUGACACCACUGGGUCUCUGGGGGUGGGGGAUCCAGGUGGUGUGAUGUUAGUGAGCAGGAGGAUCCAGGUGGUGUGAUGUUAGUGAGCAGGAGGCAGGCAAGGAGACAGAAGAGGGACCCUGACACAGAUGCACUGUUCUUUUGAGUGCCACUGUUCUGCAUCAUUUUAGCCACCAAAUUGAGUGUGUAUUUCAUGUUUAUGUGACAUUCCAAUGGCAUGGUUUUCCACCUGACUCUGUUCGUGGUCUGAGGUUUGGGAGAAUGCAGUGACCCUAGAACUUCCCAGAGUGAGAGGUGAGGCUGGGCCAUGUCAGGACAGAGCCUGGACCUCCUUCCCUCACAGCCCCAGGAGCUCUGAGGGCACCCUGCCUCUCCCGAGUGUGCCACCCUGAGGUCCCCACUCGCCUCUGCUUUCCGAAGUCGAGUCUCAGCUGCUUCAGCCACCUCCGUGUUGCAGGCUACGGUCACCACCCUGAACUUUCGAAACGUGCUUUGUGAACUUUCUAUUUUAAGGUAAGGGGCAGAGGAAGCCUUAGCAACAAGCAGAGCUGGGCCUAGCCAGAUCACAGUGGCGUGCAUGCGUAUUUAGUGUGAAGGCAGGUGGACCGUUGUGCGUAUGUGUACGUGUGUGUCUGAGUGGAAAGGCAGGGGAGCCAUUGUGUGUUUAUGUGUUUGAGUGUGAAGUCAGGUGGUGCGAUUGUGUGUAUGUGCGUGUGCAUCUGAGUGUGAAGGCAGGUGGUCCGUUUGUGUGUGUGUAUGUGCGUGUGCAUCUGAGUGUGAAGGCAGGUGGUCCGUUUGUGUGUGUGCGUCUGAGUGUGAAGUCAGGUGGUCCCUGUGUGUGUGUGCGUGUGCGUCUGAGUGUGAAGGCAGGUGGUCUGUUUGUGUGUGUGUGUGUGUGUGCGUCUGAGUGUGAAGGCAGGUGGACCAUUCCACUAUUUAGCUCCUAUCGAUGCACCAGACAUAAGUGCCUCAUUUCCGUGCCAAAUGUUUGCCUGGGUCUUUGCCGACCUCCUUCCCUGCAGCGCAGUGGCCAGCUACUAGAAUGUGCUGGUGGCAUUCCAUAGAGGCCCCAGUGUCUUUAGCAGAGGCUUCCAGCAUUUCAGUUUUUCAUCCACUGCAGGAAAACAGCUGAGGGGAGCAGAAGUCUGUGCUUCCUGAAGAAGUGCCUCAUCCCAAGAUAGUUGGGCCCAAAGGGCGCAGGCUGGGUCUUACCCUUCUGAAGAAGGGCGGGGGGGGGGGGCUUGUUUAGAAGUCAGAGCAAGAUCACGCGCAGUAUCAAGAAGCGCAGCCUGCCCAGUGAAUCGCAGGCAUCAGGCGCCCCACAGCCCACAGCAGUCUUGCGAGCAUUCAAGAAGCCACAACUUCCUUUGGAACUGACUGACCAGGUGUGAGUUUUACUCCAGGUGAAAGUGGUCAAGGGCAUCGGGGAGUUUGUCCUGAGCAGAUAGCUCCCUCUGAGGAACCAAAGGAAGCAAGAGUCCAGGUUCUGAAGAGCCGGUACGACAGGUUUCUUUCUUCCUUGUAUGUUACGUGUGCAUUAAACAGAACAAGACAAGUCUGCAUCGUCACGGACAGUAGGCAGGCUCAGGACCUAGCGAGCCCUGCAGCCGGUGCUGGCUCAGGGACGUGUGGGAGAAGGAAUGUUUCCCAGGCAUUUGCCUCUGGGGCUCCAUAGGGGCAGCCGCAGGCUGUCCGUGGAGUACAUGCAGCAAGUUCACAGCAACUGUGCCCAACGUAUAGUAUAGCCGGGGUCCACUAACCCACUCAGUAAGCGUAUUGUUGUAUUCCUCCAGUGUUAAGCUAUAACCACGUUCAAAGUCACACUGCAUUUAUCCUCUGCAUCAAAGACCUUGUAAUGUCUUCUUAUCUACCUUACUUGUUAGUGCAUAUUUUUACUUUUCUGAUAUUGUAAAAAAUAUAUCCGGUAUGUAAAUGAAUGUUCUAUAAAUCCUUUGUAUAGUCAUUUUCUCCGCUGUUUAAAUAUCAUCUCUAUUCAGAGUAUAAUAAAAUUAUGAACUUGGUAA